GUUGCUACAAUACAUCGCUAACAGCCUUGCCUCCAAACAGCCAAAUAAUUGAACUCAUUCGAUCUCUUCCUCUCAGCUCCUCCACCGACUCCAAACAAUGCUCCCGCUCCUCCACAUCCUCCUUCUCACCAUCUCCGGCCACCUCCCCCUCAUCUCCUCCACCGACCCGACUCUGACCCGUCCGCCCACCAUCCCAGCCUCCCGUGCGCAGCCCGGCUCCACCGACUUCUGUCCCCUCAACCUCCCCGAUGAUUUCUUCCGCGGCGUCUCCGCCGCGUGCUCCCAAGCCACCACUGACCUCUGUUGCCCUGCGCUCGCAGCAUGGCUCUUAACCGCCUACUCGGCCGAGGCGCUCGCGACACGUGUGCAGCCAUCGGCUGAACGUUCCGACGACGAGCUUCCGGUCCUUCCCGGCGACACUGAGCCGUGCACGGCGGCGGCGGAGGCGGCGCUAAGGGCCCGCGGAGUAGAGAUCCAAGGAGCGAAUGAUACGUGUGGCGCCGCAUCAUGCGCGUGUGGCGUGCGGCUACAUCCACUGCAGUGUUCGGGACCGUUUGUGGUCGGAGGCAGUGGGGAGGGAAGGUGGGUCCCGUUGGAUGACGUGGCGAAAAGUCUAGAGUUCGGGUGCGAAAGGCCGGGACUUAGCGGGUGCACUUCCUGCUUAAGGGUUCUUUAUGAGUUGAAGAGCAAGGAUGAGGAGAAAGGAAGCAUCAACGGCGAGGAUGUGAAAGGCGGAAGGGAAUGCCAACUCAUGGGACUGACUUGGCUUCUAUCUAAGAACCGGACCCGCUACCUUCCAACUGCCACGUACGUUCUCCGCGCUUUCCGCAAUGCUGCCGGCGGCUAUCCCGCCACCUGCACCGUCGCCGGUGACGGCGCCAACGACAUGCCACUCCCUGUUGGAUAUGACCAGCUUCUUGGCACCGCAUCAUCUACCGCCUCCAGACGGAGGUCGCCGCCGACUUCUCCGUUCAUCUUUUUCCUCCUGGCCAUUAAUUUUUUUUCUUAAAUGAGGUUAUAUCUAUAAUGUGCUUCCUUCUAUCACUUUGAUGAUAUUAGGGAAUGUGAAAUAAUGGCCUCUUACUCUACUGCGUUAUGCUGCUUUUUCCAAGUUUAAAGCGGCUGAAGUAUGUUGAUUUUUAAUUAAUUAAUGUUAUAUAUUGUUAUUUA